AUGUUUCAAUCUGUCGACCUCAUGAGGAAAACCGCAAUGACACCUUCCUCGAGAAUACACCGAAUAAUAAGAGACUCCAUAGAUCUCUACUCAACGAAUGAGCAUUCGAAGUCUAUCGGGGACGGAUGUUUCAAGAACAGAGACAAGCAGGGGGCCUUUGCCAAGGCGGUUAACCGCAAGAUCCUGUCGCUUCCGAUGACUGACGGCUCGGACGAGGCGUACGAGUUUGUCGACAUUCAGAACGAGCAAUGCAAGUGGACCAACUGCGGUGCCCCCUGCUCGUCUGGUUGGGCACUCAUGAAGCGCGAAGAUAAAGGGGCGCGGAGGGGCGAGUACAUGCUCGGCCAGAAGGGCUGCAACGGCAAAGCCACUCACGCGUUCCGCUGUCCGCCGAGCGACAAGCUGCCGACGUGCGGAUGGUAUGACCACAAUAACGGCAAAUGCAAGCCUGAAUGCCCCGCCGGCACGGGUCACGUCGGCGGCGACAAAAUGUACUGCAACAACAGGGCGUGA